AGCGUCACUGCACUGUGUGCUGCAGUCGACUCUUGUCUUGCAAAUGGCCUUAAACGUCGGGCGCUUGGACUGUUCAAGACCAACUCCACGACGGCUCUCCUUCAAAAGGUGGCUAAAAACUGCGAUUCAGCAGCAAUGGUGCUAAAAAAGGUGACAGAGAUUGAAAACAGCGACCCAAACAAACGAUCCUCAUCGAGCAGUGACAGCCUGACCAGGACUCGAAUGUCCUUCAAGAUCAAGUCUGCAAACAGUACCAGUGUGAACAACAGCGGAACGAUUCUGGUCGGACCCACCGGCGGACNUCGCUACCUUUGGAUUCGCGUGGCGCUGCUCACCAAGCAGCUGGCCAACAUUGUGGAUCACGUGGUGCAGAACAGCUGCAAGUACUACGAGAAAGAUGCACUUGUGUCGGAUCCGGUGGCAGGACAGAUACUGGCCUCGCUGCUCGUCGGCCCCUGCUUCCUCGACUACACCAAGAUGAAGACCAAUGACCAGUUCUGGUCGGACCCACCGGCGGACGAACUGGUGCAGCGCCACCGAAUCUCCUCCUCAAUGGUCAGCAGCAACUCGACCGCCGUUCCGGGGGCGGCGGGAAUCUGCAGCACCUCCACUCCGCCGACUGCCCGCAAGCCGCUGGGCAUGUCCUACCGGCGGCCGAUCUCCAUUGCCAACCAGGUCAAUGGCGAGGACUCCGACCAGGCGACCAGCAGCAGCUCGCCCAACUCUGUACGGCACACUGCCGUGUGCUGGUCACCGCGAGACUACGUUGAAUCGCUCCAUCAAAACUCUCGCUCCACCCUUCUCUACGGAAAGAACAAUGUCAUCAUUCAGCCAAAGGAUGAUUUAGAGCCAAUGCCGGGCUACCUGUCACUGCACGCCGAGCCCUAUGGGCUAAUCAUCAAAUGGACUCCCAAUCAGCUGAUUAAUGGCCGCCCAAGUCAGAACUCGGCGGAGAGUAGUGACUCCAUCUUUAGCCAUUCCUCGGUGGACAAGAGUGCGUUUUGGAAUCAUGCCCUCAAUGUGAGCGUCGAAUCAAUCGUCUACUUGCACUGUCACCAGCAGAAGCACAGCUGUGGCUCCAUUGUCAUGGUCGGUCGGGAUGGAGUCAUGCACCCGCCCAUAAAGUUCCCCAAGGGCGGCCACCUUCUGUCCUUUCUCUCCUGUCUGGAGACCGGUCUUCAGCCAUAUGGACAACUUGAUCCGCCAUUGUGGUCACAAAAGGGAAAAGGCAAAGUAUUUCCCAAGCUGCGACGCAAGGGACAAUCACCUUCACCCCAGUGCAGCGAAGGUGAAGACUGCGUGGAGGAGUGCGAGGAUGUGGCCAGUGAUUACGUCUUUCGAGUCAUUUCGAUGCUCGACAAACCAGAGACUAUCAGUCCUGAAAUGAUGAACCCGAAGGCGGUCACCUUUGCCGAUGAGCAUGAGAAGGACGUCUCGAACAGUCGAGCCCUGGCCAAUGGAACACUGGCCACACUGGGCUCAAGUGAUUCGACCACCACCGAGCCACUGACAAAUGGCAGUCAGAAUGGCCACCUCUCCUCCUCUUCGCUGAUGGACGAGAAGCAGCACAUUCAGAUUCUCUGUGAUACGAUGAAGAAACAAAUAAUAUCACGAGCGUUUUACGGAUGGCUCGCCUACUGUCGCCACCUGAAGACGGUGCGAACGCAUCUCACUGACCUCGUCAAUCAGACCAUUGUCCGUCCCGACGCCCCGGCCGACGCCACCGGAGGGAUCACCGCCGCUCGGUGGACGGAAAUUCGCAACCCCAGUGGGCAGAUUAUCAUCGAGCCAGCCGAGUUCUACAGGCUGGUGUACUACGGCGGCGUUGAGCCCACCAUUCGCGCACAAGUGUGGCCGUACCUGCUGGAGCACUACCGCUUCGGGGACACCGAGGAGAUGAAGGGCAGCCAUGAUCGAGAGAUGAGACAGUACUACGAGAUGGUCAUGUCGGAGUGGCUGGCAGUGGAGGCCAUUGUCCGACAGCGAGACAAGGAGAUGCUGGCCGCCAAUCUGGCAAAGCUAAGCUCGGAGAGCAACAACAGCACCUCGGAGAUGCCCUUCUCCCUGGAGAAGACGCUGGAGAAGACGAUGCUGAGCAAGGAGGUCAAAUCGCAGAGCAAUGAGGUCUUUGAGGACAAUGACGACUUUAGCAUGACUGACAGUCGCAAGUCGUCGGUGCAGAGCGAGAAGGAGCCGGCAAGUGUCGGUGCGGAGGCGGCCGGCGAGAAUCAAGGCGAGCAAUCGACUUCGAACAACAGCAAGGCGGCCCACGCACAUGUGGGCCCUCUUCGGAAGCAGCUAAUGCGACACCGACAGGUGGAGAGUGUGGCCAGUCUGAGUGGGCAGACCAGCUCGGGUGGCAGUCUGCAGAACAUUCUCAUCACCAACCCGUCCAUUGAUCAGAAUCCAAACAACAGCAGCAGCACCAGCGGCAACUCCAGUGAGUUGCAGCAGGAGCUUCUGCAGAGGCAGCUCGAGUGUCUGAGCGGUCUUCAAGUGGACGAGGACGCGUCGCACCUUCCCGUCGACAAUGGCUCUAGCUGCGUCUCGCCGGCCUCAUCUAAUGGAGGAAUUUACUCGGCUGAAACGCUGGACCAGUUUUCCAUAAACCUGCACCGAAUUGACAAGGACGUGCAACGGUGCGAUCGCAACUUCUGGUACUUUACGACGGAGAACCUGGAGAAGCUGCGCAACGUCAUGUGCACCUACGUGUGGAAGAACAUGGAAAUGGGUUAUGUUCAGGGAAUGUGCGAUCUGGUGGCGCCGCUUUUGGUCAUCUUUAAUGAUGAGGUGUUUACCUACAGCUGUUUUUGCGAGCUGAUGAAGCGCAUGAAGCACAACUUUCCGCUCGGCGGGGCCAUGGACACUCACUUUGCCAAUAUGCGCUCUCUAGUGCAAAUUCUUGACGUGGACAUUUUCGAGUUGAUGCAGCGAAAGGGCGACUACACGCACUUUUACUUUUGCUAUCGCUGGUUUUUGUUGGACUUUAAACGAGAACUUGUUUACGCCGACGUCUUUUCAGUCUGGGAGACCAUCUGGGCGGCAAAGCACGUUUCUUCGGCCAGUUUUGUACUCUUUAUCGCUCUGGCUCUCGUUGAGUACUACCGAGAAAUUAUCAUUGACAACAAAAUGGACUUUACAGACAUUAUCAAAUUUUUCAAUGAAAUGGCCGAGCGACACGAUGCCAAGGCGGUUUUGCAAAUUGCACGAGACCUUGUGCUUCAGGUGCAGACGCAAAUUGAAAACAAGUGA